ACCAACCAGGCCUCAGAAAACCACGGCAAUGGCAAAGCAAAUGGCCAUUGGCAUCGACCUGGGCACCACCUACUCGUGCGUGGGAGUGUUCCAGCACGGCAAGGUAGAGAUCAUUGCCAAUGACCAGGGCAAUCGCACCACCCCCAGCUACGUGGCCUUCACCCACACCGAGCGGCUCAUUGGGGAUGCGGCCAAGAACCAGGUGACCAUGAAUCCCCAAAACACCAUCUAUGAUGCCAAACGGCUCAUCGGCAGGAAGUUCAGUGAUCCUGUAGUGCAGUCAGAUAUGAAACUGUGGCCUUUUCAAGUCAUCAACGAAGGAGGCAAGCCCAAAGUACUGGUGUCCUUCAAAGGGAAGAACAGAACUUUCUACCCUGAGGAGAUCUCCUCGAUGGUACUGAUGAAAAUGAAGGAGACCGCAGAGGCUUUUUUGGGUCACCCUGUCAGCAGUGCAGUGAUCACUGUCCCAGCCUACUUCAGCGACUCUCAACGCCAGGCUACCAAGGACGCAGGCAUAAUUGCAGGUCUCAGUGUGCUGAGAAUCAUCAACGAGCCCACGGCGGCUGCCAUCGCCUACGGUUUAGAUAAAGCAGGGCAGGGUGAGCGACGUGUCCUGAUCUUUGAUCUGGGGGGAGGCACCUUCGAUGUGUCCAUCCUGGUCAUAGAUGAUGGGGUUUUUGAGGUGAAGGCCACAGCUGGGGACACCCACCUGGGUGGGGAGGAUUUUGACAACAGGCUUGUGAGCUACUUUGUGGAAGAGUUCAAGAGGAAACACAAAAAGGACAUCAGCCAGAACAAGCGAGCUGUGAGGCGGCUGCACACUGCCUGUGAGAGGGCCAAGAGGACUCUGUCAUCCAGCACGCAGGCUAGCCUGGAAAUUGACUCACUUUUUGAAGGCAUUGACUUCUACACUACCAUUACUAGAGCCCGGUUUGAAGAGUUGUGUACAGACCUGUUUCGGAGCACUCUGCAGCCCGUGGAGAAGGCUCUUCAGGAUGCCAAGAUGGAUAAGGAGAUAAUCCAUGACAUUGUUUUAGUAGGGGGUUCCACCCGGAUCCCUAAGGUUCAGAAGCUACUGCAGGACUACUUUAAUGGGCGCGAUCUCAAUAAGAGCAUAAACCCUGAUGAGGCAGUAGCCUAUGGGGCUGCAGUACAGGCGGCCAUUCUGGUGGGGGACACAUCUGAAAAGGUCCAUGACCUGCUUCUGUUGGAUGUAACUCCCCUGUCCCUAGGGUUGGAGACAACUGGAGGUUUGAUGACCAUCCUGAUCAAACGCAACUCUACCAUACCCACCAGGCAGACGCAAGUCUUCACCACCUACCUAAAUAACCAGACAGGAGUGCGGAUCAUGGUAUAUGAGGGAGAGAGGGUGAUGACACGGGACAACAACUUGCUGGGGCGCUUUGACCUGACUGGGAUUCCCCCUGCACCUAGGGGGGUGCCUCAGAUUGCCGUCACCUUUGAUAUUGAUGCCAAUGGCAUUCUCAAUGUCACAGCUAUGGAUAAGAACACAGGCAAGGUCAACAAGAUCACCAUCACUAAUGACAAGGGCUGCCUCAGCAAGGAGGCAAUCCAGUGCAUGGUUCUGAAUGCUGAGAGAUACAAAGCAGAGGAUGAGAAACAAAGGGAGAAAAUAGCAGCAAAAAAUGCCUUAGAGUCCUACGCUUUUGACAUGAAGAAUACUGUGUGUGCUGAAGGAUUGAGGGGCAAGAUUAGUGAGUCUGAUAAAAAGAAAAUACUCAGUAAAUGCAAUGAGGUCCUUUCGUGGCUGGAUGCCAAUCCAAUGGCUGGGAAAGAUGCACUUGAUCGUAAGAGAAAGGACUUGGAGAAAGUUUGUAACCCAAUCAUUAGGAUUCUCUGUGAAGAGGGAAGAGGUUAUAGACCUGCCAGUAGAACAGGAUUCACAUCUGGAAGGGCUACCAGGGGUCCCCACCACUGAACACGCAGAUUGACCUUUUCCAGGGUCUGGGCUGACUCUAAGGUGAAUUUUGCUUCUCUCACCUUCAAAGAUUGUUAAGAUUCUUGAAUUGACUGAACCUGGAACCUCAGAUUGCAUCCCUUUGGAUUCUGGUGGAGUCUCCUAUACUGUCUUUUUUUUACACUCUAAUGUCCUCUUGCUGAUUCCUAAGAAAACGAGGCCCUUCUUUGAGCCACUUGAUGAACUUGAAUGUCUGUUACUAAUUUCCCCCCCUGCUUUCUUCCCCCUGUAGAAAUGGUUGUUACUUAGUAAACUUGUCACUAAAGCAAAAAAAAAA